AUGUGGACUGAUAAGUUAAAAGAAGAAGGGAUACAACCGGUGUUUUCGUCAAUUAGACAUCCUCAAGGAAAUAUUGUCGAAAGAAUUCACAGGAAGUUAUCAAGAUUUUUCAGAACUUUAACUAAUGGUAGACACAAUUCAUGGUGGAAUUGGGUGAAAAUCAUCGAAGAUUGCAUCAAUGAAACACAUCAUGAAAUUACGGAGUUUACACCAGUCGAGUUAUAUCUUAAGAAGAAACCAAAACGUGUGUGGGAAAAAUGGUUAAAUCUACCUCUUAUUCCGGAGGAUUUAGAUUAUGAAAGAAAAUUAGAAUUAGCGUAUGAUAAUAUCUGUAAAAAAGGAAAGAAACGAGCUGAUAAGUUUAAUAUUUCGCAUAAAUUAUCUGAAUUCAAAGUUGGAGAUCAAGUCCUACUUAAAUUACUAAAUAAAUCUGAUAAGGAGAAUAAAAUUAUUGCGAAAUUUCUUCAAGUUUAUGAAGGACCUUACGAAAUUAAAAAAGUCGUAAAAAAAGGUACUUAUAUUUUAUGGGAUCCGAAAUCGAAAAUCGAGAAAGGAAUGUAUCAUAGUCAGGACUUGAAGAAAUAUAUAUCAAGAAGGAAUAAUAGUGAAAAUAGUGAAAACUAA